AUGCCAGUACUAAGGCCAUUAUUAACUUCAACUGCUGGAGCAAAUAACUGUGUUUCUUGUGAUCAAAUGAAAGGGAUUAUUAAUAGUUCUGUACCAUCAGAAGUCUUUCCAGGUUGCUCAAGUGAAUUUUGUAAUGGUUUCAGCACUUUACCUCAGGAUACUGCUGCUGUCUGUGAUGAACUUGUAGAGGUGAGAGAAGCAGUUGUCAGCAUUAUGGCUAAUAAUUCAGAAGAAGUUGUGUGUGAAAAUACAAAUGGUGGAGAAUCCAGACAAAACUUACCUGCCUCACAAAAUGCAAUGGAGGAACCCAGCUGUUCACACAAAAAUUAUUCCAGUCCUCAAGUGGUUAUCUUCCAGCUGAAGGGUGGUACUCAUAUACUCUGUAUAAACAAUACCGACACAAUGAAAACAGUUCAUUUGGUCCCCCAAUAUCAAGAUCAGCAUAAAUACCUUCAGUCAGGUAUCAGCAUUUUGGAAAUAAGAGUUUUCUUAUCAGAUCCAACUGACUCUGUGACAUCUGCACUGGGACAGUUUUUACCGGUUGGAGGGGAACUAAAUACCUGUGCACAAGAGCUUGAUAAGGGAUCCUUAAAUAUAUGCCAUUCAGAUUCAUAUGCAGAACAGCCAACAAAAUUGACUCUAGUUGGGUUGCCUUUCAGUUCCUGGGAUACAAAGUCUAAAAAGCCAUGCAACUGUACUAAAUCACAGUGUCUCAAGUUAUACUGUGAUUGUUUUGCCAGUGGUGAUUUCUGCAGUAACUGCAACUGCAAUAAUUGUUAUAACAAUCCACAACAUGAAAUAGAACGGUUUAAGGCAAUUAAGGCUUGUCUUGACAGGAACCCAGAAGCUUUCUUGCCAAAGAUUGGAAAAGGGAAAAUGGGGGAUAUCAAGCCCCGACAUAACAAAGGAUGCAACUGUAAACGUUCAGGGUGCCUGAAGAACUAUUGUGAAUGCUUUGAGGCUAAAAUUAUGUGUUCAUCUAUCUGCAAAUGUGUUGGCUGUAAAAAUUAUGAAGAAAGUCCAGAUCGAAAAACACUAAUGAAUAUGCCGAAUCAUAUGGAGAUUAGAAGUAAUGAAGAAAAUGACUCUGUUUCAUUUUCUACCUUUAAAAUAUUAUCAAAAACCAGAAAAGACAGUAGGCAGUCUAAUACAUGCAUAUCAUGGGAAGUGGUUGAGGCAACAUGUGCUUGUCUCCUGGCACAAGCUGAAGAGGCAGAAAAAGCAUCCUAUUCUGUUUGCCUAGCUGAACAAAUGAUCUUAGAAGAAUUUGGGAGAUGCUUAUCACAAAUUCUACACUCCGAAUUUAAAUCCAGAGGACUAAAAGUUGAAUAA